AUGGCCGAGGCAUCAGAGCCAGCCAGCGUGGAUUUCAGUAUCUGCAUUGUUGGUCUGGCUGAGGGGAUUGAGUCCAGCAUCAGCAAAUUUGCAGAUAACACCAAGCUGGGUUCCCUGCAGGAGCGGUACCGGCUGGGCUCGCUGCUGGGGCGUGGAGGAUUCGGCAGCGUCUUCGCAGCAACGCGGCUCUCGGACGGCGCCCCGGUGGCCAUCAAAAGGGUGCCACGGAACCGCAUCUGGCACUGGAGCAAGCUGCCCGACGGCACCAGCGCUCCCCUGGAGGUUGUCCUGCUGGACAAGGUGUCCAGUGGCUUCCCCGGUGUCAUCCAGCUGCUGGAGUGGCUUGAGCUCCCCAGCGACAUUGUGAUGGUGCUGGAGCGGCCAGAGCAGUCUCAGGACCUCCUGCAUUUCAUUCAAGCACGGGGGUUCCUGUGCGAGGAGGUGGCGCGGCAGCUGUUCCGCCAGGUGCUGGAGGCCGUGCGGCACUGCACCAGCUGCGGGGUCCUGCACCGCGACAUCAAACCAGAGAACAUCCUGGUUGACCUGGCCACCGGGCAGGCCAAAUUGAUUGACUUUGGCUGUGGCACCUACCUGCAAGAGACAGCCUACACUCACUUUGCAGGAACACCAUCAUACAGCCCCCCGGAAUGGACCCGCUUUGGCUGGUACCAUGGCGAGCCAGCUACCAUCUGGUCCCUGGGCAUCCUGCUACACGAGAUGGUCUGCGGGAAGAUGCCUUUCAGGAGGGGCUGGAACUUCAGCUGGGGCCAGCUCUCGCUGCCACAACAGCUCUCUCCAGAGUGCCAAAAUCUGAUUGGGUGGUGUUUAUCCAUGCACCCCUUGGCCAGACCCUCAUUAGAAGAGGUGUUCUGUCAUCCUUGGAUGCAGGAUAUUGAUCUGCCCUAGAAGAAGGGAGAGAGCCACAGGCACACUGUGCUGCAGGGCCCUGGUAAGUUACAGCUGCACACAUGCCUUGGCAAUGAGAAGCAAAGAAAGCC